AUGGGGUUUGACAAAAUUUUAAGUUCUUUCACCCUUCUGUUCAUUGGGUAUACUUUGGUGAAUGGAUCCAGUCCAAAGCAUUAUAUAGUUUACCUGGGAGAUCAUUCACAUCCCAAUUCAGAAUCUGUAAUCAGAGAAAACCAUGAGAUACUAGCUUCAGUUACUGGAAGCCUCAGUGAAGCAAAGGCAGCAGCACUCCACCAUUACAGUAAAAGCUUUCAAGGCUUCUCGGCCAUGAUCACUCCAGAGCAAGCUAAACAACUUGCAGAAUAUAAGUCAGUGGUGUCCGUUUUUGAGAGCAAAAUGAAUAAACUUUACACAACACAUUCUUGGGAUUUUCUUGGAUUGGAGACUGCCUACAAGAGAAAUAAUACAACACUGGACAUAGCAUCCGAGGUCAUUGUUGGUGUCAUUGACUCUGGAAUCUGGCCAGAAUCAGAAAGCUUCAAUGAUUAUGGAUUAGGUCCUGUGCCUGAAAAGUUUAAAGGAGAGUGUGUUACUGGCGAUAACUUUACACUAGCCAAUUGCAGCAAGAAAAUUAUUGGAGCUCGGUACUAUUCAAAGGGGUUUGAAGCAGAAAAUGGUCCUCUAGAGGGCAUUGCCAACAGGAUAUUUUUCCGGUCAGCCCGAGAUAGUGGUGGACAUGGAACACACACGGCUUCCACAAUAGCAGGGUCUAUUGUUGCUAAUGCCAGCUUACUUGGCAUUGCCAAAGGAACUGCUAGAGGAGGUGUGCCAAGUGCCAGACUUUCCAUCUACAAGGUCUGUUGGUUGGGGUUCUGCAGUGAUGCUGAUAUUCUUUCUGCCAUGGAUGAUGCCAUCCAUGAUGGGGUUGACAUACUAUCUCUUUCCCUUGGCCCUGAUCUUCCUCAGCCAAUUUACUUUGAGGAUGCAAUCAGUAUAGGAGCAUUCCAUGCAUUUCAAAAGGGAGUUUUUGUUUCUGCUGGAGCUGGAAACUCGUUUUUUCCAGGUACUGCAUGCAAUGUUGCUCCUUGGAUCCUCACUGUUGCUGCCAGCACAAUAGACAGGGAAUUCAGUUCAAAUAUCUACCUUGGUAACUCAAAGAUCUUAAAGGGUUCUUCUUUGAAUCCAACAACAAUGAAGCAAUCCUACGGUUUGAUAUAUGGAAGUGCCGCUGCAGCUGCUGGAGUUUCAGCAGCAAAUGCAAGCUUCUGCAAGAACAAUACUCUAGAUCCUACCUUAAUCAAGGGUAAAAUCGUGAUUUGCACAAUUGAAGAUUUCCUCAGUGAUGACAGACGAGAGAAGGCUUCAACAAUUAGGCAAGGUGGGGGUGUUGGAAUGAUACUUAAUGAUCAUAAUGCCAAAGAUUUUGGUUUUCAAUUUGUCAUCCCAACCACUCUCAUUGAUCAGGAUGCCUUGGAAGAGCUUCAAGGGUAUAUAAUGACUGAGAAGUGA